UUUUCGGGGGGGGGGAUGUCAUGCAACGCUCCCCCAAAGAAGGGUGCGGAGGAGACUAGGCUAAUUGGUAACGGGCGAACUGGCUUUCGAGUGAAACGACCACAAUCCACUUUUUCUGAGUCAAAUGUCUGAGAUGUUGGUCAUCAGAUUAUUCGGAUUUCCAAAUAACAAUAAAACAGUAAAUAACAAGUUGUGAAAAACGACAUACCAAACACCGAAAAGAGAAGUUGAAAAGAAGACGUGCAACUGAGUAUUAGGAUGUUUUAGAGUCUAAUGAGACAUUUUCUUCGGUGUUCAAUAUAAUAUUUCUCAGUCGAAACUAAACCUUAGGAGGGAAGGGAGAAAUCGUAUAAUGUGCUUAUUAAAAAGAUAUUUUCAAACUCUGUCUGGGUUAUAAUUGCAAAUAAACUCACUCUUAACAACUCGAGGACGGAGUUUAUGUUGAUCGGAUCUAGGCAAAAGCUGGGUACUUCUGAUAGCCCCCCAACUCUUACUAUCGAUCGAAGCUCCGUAUAACUGAGUCUAUAACUCGUUUUGUCCAAAUCUUUUGGGGUGUAUAUAGAAAUUCAUCUUGGUGCAUACGUGUUGACAAAAUGUCUAAAAAAGAUUGCUCCUGUCUUUGGCAUCUUGAAGAAGAGUAGACAUAGCUCGUUCCUUUUGUAACUCUUCUAAGUAUCUAAAAUGUACAACCCCAUUUCGAUUAUUGUUUGCUGCAACAAAACUCUUGCUACAGGACAGCAAAAUAGAUAAAUUUCGCUUCGCCUAUUUAGACGUUUUCUCCCUAUUUUGCCAUUGCUUGCGAUCUUAUUAGACUCGGAUGGAAAAAGCUAAAUCUGCAACUGAGGAAAAUCUUAACAGUUUCUGUGGUCUACAAAUCACUAAAUGGUCUUGUACCGGCGGUUUUGUUUUGCUUUCCUUGUCGGCUUUUCUUCCUUCUUUUUGUGAUUUCUUCUUUUUUCUUUACCCAAAAUAAGGAGAGGGGCCCGGGCUCCCCGGGCCUUUUCCCUAGAUCCGCCACUGCUAAAGCAAGUCCCAGCUGCCAAAAUAACCUCUCGACUCAAUCAACUACUGAGAGCGGUGUCGGUAUGUAAAACCCCAUAUUUUGUUGUAAAAGGUCGCGAAAUUUGAUUCCAAACAAAAGAGGUGAUUUGAUUCCGAAAAAUUACACCUAUACCUCCCCAGAACAACCUCCCUAUAUUUCGAUAUACUGUAUAGAUCACAGUCUCUUGACUGAGGUGUAUAUUAUACAUAUAUGUUAUUUGCCGGCAGGGAGGGCCGUAGUGGGAAAAACUUUGCCCGAGGUCUUGGGGACCUAAGUACUUCAUGUAUCCUUACUUUUUGCAUAAUUGGUUGCAUAAGUGUGCCAAAGUUAGAAAUUUCGGAGCAGUCUGUACUUGGGGUCUGGAUGUGAAAAUUCAGACCGCUGGAGUGCGCACGAUUAGCCAAUCAGAUUCAAGGAUUUAGGAUUUCGGACCGCAGGAAUUAUACAAUGGAAAUCUCUCAUAUAAAACUAAUCGUUAAAUAUGAUGUCGCCCUGACCAACUAAUGAAAGCUUACCUCAAGCAAAUCGGAGUGGAACCGAGAAGCAGUGUAUUUUUGGCCAACCGAUCAAUCAACGGUUAUUACUUUGUAUGAAUAUCACUAAAGUUUCUAAGUCAGUUUGAAGGAUGGAAUCAAGUGCCAACCGUUUUGGCCAAUGACAAUCUCGUUCCCAGAGCCCACGUGUCUUUUGGUCAGCGCCAAGACACGGAGCUCUGGAAUAAUCAACCAGACUCUAAGAUUUUAGGAUUUCCGGUUUCAUGGCGCAUGCGUACCUUGGUUUAAAAAAAUGGCAAAUUCCGCUCCCGGAGCCUACGUGUCUUUUGGUCAGCGCCAACCAAAAGACACGUGGGCUCUGGGAACGAGAUUGGGCCAAUGAGCCGUUUCAGUUUGAGCGGGAAAAAGAGGCGCCAUAUUGGGAAUGAGGGAUAGCCGUACUAGUGAAAAUUGUGCACAUUGAAGUACAAUUAAGAAGGUAAGGCUUUCCAAAUUCGCUUUCUAGUUUAAUGUUAUUUUUCGACUGAAACUAUCUGUAGCUGUGCGAUUCAUGCAGUCGAUUCAUGCUGAUUCAUUGGCUUGAAUCUGAAUCGAAUAAAAUUAACGCAGCUUGAAAAUGCCUACAGGUUUUUGACGAUUUUGGAUCUUUAAAACUUUUAUUUAUAACUGAGUAAACCUAAAAGUUACUGUCAAUAGCCCGAGUCGUGCUUAUUCGGUCUUGAAUCUCUCAGGUUUCAUCUUCUAGUCCGCGUACGACUGUACGUUUUGAAACCGUAGGUGCAUUUUGAGGCCACUGAGUCGUGAUUACGCUUUUGAUUCUUUUAUUUUAUAGAAAGAUUUCCGUAUAGAGGCUUCUCACACGAAUUAUGUAUAUCGGUCAUAAAGUAGAACGAGAGUCAAAACUGUAUGCAUGCUACUGAUAUGAUACAUGUACGUUUGGGAAAUCCUGCUCAUUUUCCACCUGAACAACUAGAAAUCUCUAUGGGCUUUUGUUACAACAGAGGCAAAUAGUUGUAGUAGUAACAGAGUAGACAUUUCUGUCAGCAUUGGCUGAUGGCAUAAGAUGACAAAUGUGCAAAGUGAGAAGUUAUUUUUGUAAUUAUGUUUAUUAAGUGUAUUAAUAAUUUGUGUCUCAGGAACGCUCCGAGUAUGGCAAAGAGGCGACCACCUGAGGAAAUUAUAACUCUGACAGGCCCUGGAACACCCACUAAACAAAGUAAAACUUCUAAUUGCCAAGAACAACCAAGUCAAUAUGAUAAUCAGGCUUUCUUUAAUGACAGUGGUUUCUCAGAGAGGGACUCUCAAGAAAAUGACCAUCAACCUAUGGAACUUGGAAGAAGUAACAAUAAUGUGUCUCCACUGACAGAUUGUGAUGAAACCUUCAGUGGUGAGUUUGACAAUCAAUAUGAAGAAAACGUACCGGAAGAAUUUCGGAUGAUCAGAGUGGAUGAAGAUAGUAAUGAGACCUCAGUUGUGCAGACAAGCAGCAUAACUGGAGUUAACCAGAGGCAUUUUGCUGAAAAUGUGCAAUAUUGCCCUAUCGCAAUUGGAAAAGAUGCAGGCGGGCAGAAAAAGAAAGAGAAAAAUAAGAAAAAAGAAGGCCUUAAUGCUGAAGAUGAAGAACGUAUUCUUGAGCAGGCUUGUGCACUCCUCAAUUCUGGUGGAGGACUGUUGGUGAUGAAAAUUACUGACUUCCAAAGUUCGACAACCAGUGCAAAUUCCCUGGACCAGUUCUGGAAGAAGAUAGAACCAAAGUUGAUAUCUUUGGUGAAACCUUCAAGGUAUGAUGACAUUUUUGAUCGAUGUGAACAGUCAGAUGAAAUAUUGCUGUUCAUCAAUGCUCCACCACAUAUUUGUACGAUCAAGUACAAUUUGAGUCUACCAGGCGAUUCCAGUGUAAUGGAAGCAUCAUAUCAUCAAACUGUUGAUUUACUUAAGGGAGCUCGGCAGGACAGAAGACCAAAGCCUCCAAAUGUUACAGUUCCAUUGACAGAGCUUCCAGAGGUACCUGAAGUUUUUACACAGAAGGAAAUUAUACUGGACUUGAAGGAGUCCAAACAUAUUCAGUUCAAACAUUUCACGUCAAAAACGUUGUUAGAUUCCAAUAACCGGUCACAACGUGAAGGCAUUGCAGAGCAAAUAUCUGCUUUUGCCAAUGCUGAGGGUGGAGUGAUCUUGUUGGGUGUUAAAGAUGAUGGAGAAGUUUGUGGCCGAGAUCUGAGAGAAAAUGGAAAAGAUGGCAUCGAGAGAAACCUGCAGAAGAACGUUAUUAAAAAAAUGUGCUGGGGUUUAGAACCUGUAAGGGGCGUCCAUUGGGACCUGAAGUUUUUUGCUGUGAGAGGCUGUGAAGCUAAUGCCAUUGUAGCGAUUUAUGUGGCAGGAAUGAGAAAGUCAGGUGGAGUCUUUGCUAAGAGCCCAAAGAGCUUCAAGUUACUACAAGGCGAAGAUGGACAACAAAGUCCUCAUCGUCUUGAUUUUGAAGAGUGGAAACAGAGGAUGCUAUCUAGAGAGGGCUUGCAGAGUGAUAGCAAAGCUGGACAAGAUUUGCUUUCCAGGUUUCAAACAAUGAGUAUAUCCAAAGGUCACCUGUUGACAGUGAAAACAGAUGUUCAAAGAAUCAGGGAUGCAUUCUUUGUUGGUGGAGUGGGAUUCCCAGUUUUUCCAGAAGGCUUUGGAUCAACCCUCUCAACAGAAGCUCAGUCAGUCAUUCAAAAGAUCCAGAAGAAGUGUUCUGGGGAUCGUAAUCGAGGAUUACUGGUUGCUUCCCGUUCCUGGCUUGGGAACACGGGAGGUACCCCCAUGGAGGGCGUCAUUUGUGAUCUUCUCCUGAUCAGCAGAAACAUGGGUGGACUUCACCUGUUCACCCUCUGUGAUAGUGCUACUGAUGACAGAUUGCUGGAAUAUCUGGAAUACAGCAGAGAAGCUGCCCGAUCCAUAAAGAUAAGCCUGGUAAAAGACGGCGCCUGCAGAGAGAAGUUCUAUAUUUCGUCUCAUGUGGUUUCUUGUAUGGAGGAAUCAGUCAUAGAACUAGAAUCGUGUGAUUGCCGGUACCCCAAAGGAUAUGAUCUGAAAUCUUCCCGGGAAAAGCUUAAUGAAGUGCUGAAGUCAAUGGUUAUCAUUCUAGCUUCAGUGCCAUCAACUCUUUCUAACAAAUUGGGUGUGAGUAUUAUGAACCUCCUGACCAGGGAACAGUUCCAGUUAGUGCACCAGCAGAUCGAAGUCAACAGAGAGUUGUGGAUCAAGGGCGUUGCUGGAACGGGCAAGACCCUUGUGGCGGUGGAAUUUAUGAGGGAGCUUCAUCGCCGUGAGAAACUGGACAAGUCAGAAAUUCUCUGUGUUUGUGAAAAUGAGGGGAUUGCAAAUCAAAUAAGGGAAAGCAACGUGUGCCAUGUAGUUUGUCGCCAGACAUUCAUGUGGGUCCAGUUUAAUUGUGUCAAACAUGUGGUUAUGGAUGAGGUACACAACUAUGAACAACCCAUAGGCACUGAAUCCUGGCAUCAGAAGGCAAGAAAACUGGUACGACAACAUAAUCGGGAAAAACCAGGAUACCUGUGGUUUUUUAUUGACAGAUGUCAGUCUAAUCACACAUUCCCAACAGGCAUUCCACCCGAAUCGGAACAGAAGCCUGAGUUCGCGUUAAAAAAGGUCAUUCGCAAUUCGAAGAAAAUAUUUUCUCUUUCAAAAAAGUACGUCCCAGACAAUGAUGUCAGAAACAAUCUUGAGAUGGGUCAUGAUUUUGAAGGAGAAAAUGUGGAGGUGGUAUCCUACUCAAGGAGUGCAAGAUCCCAGAUUUAUGUUGUCAAAGAAACCUUAGACAGGCUUUUGAACGAUGGAUAUAGAGAAGGGGAUAUAGCUAUUUUGUUUAAAAAGGGGGCUCUUAUUCCACGCCUUUCUUUUUCCUUCAAGUCUGCAACAGAAAACAGUUCUGAUGCUAUAGUUGUCAGCUCUGUUCUCAAGUACAGUGGUCUGGAAAGACCUGUGGUUGUUCUUGUUGACGUAGAUGAUGGCAUUAUAAAGGGACGUAAAAGAAUACCCUUUAUUUAUGGUGCAGUUACAAGGGGCAUGGUAAAACUGGUUAUUAUACAAUGUAAAAAUUGACUGGACUUUAUCAGUUCCAAACCUGUUCCAAAACUUCAUUGAAGGUGGCUUGCAUUUCAUUGCACUCAUUUGAGUUCUGUACAAACUAGUGUUUUUUAGAAUUUCUACAAUCCUCACGAACAACGAAAAGACAUUGAAAGAACACGAAGUCUUUUCUUUGAUUUGUGGGCAGAAAAAAAACACGAUCGAUUACAGACCAAGGAAGCGCAUUGCGGACAGAUACAUGUAAAAUGGAUUUGUAGAGCCUUGAAAGUAAACAGGUUGAUUGUAGAUGCAAAGGUCGGCAAAUUCCUAUUUAAUGUCUGCUUGUACCACUAGUUCCUCUCUAACGACUAAGGUACCAGAACUGGAGACAAUGUGGUAAUUUUGUCUCUUUAGUGGAAAAACAGUUAGGAAUUCUCUCUAUACCUACAGAGAAUGUUUAAAUAUAAGGAAAUGUCUUAUUUUCGUCCAUAACUUGAAAAAUCAAAUUACCUUGUAACUUUUAAUAUUUUUAACUAUUUUAGUAGCCUAGCUGAAAAUGUUAAAGUAGUUACAAUAAUGUUGGUUAUUGAAAAUAUGGCAUCCUUGUUAGAUGUAAGUAAAAAUGGCAAAGUAAAGUACAUGGGUAGGUUUACAGCUAUAGAAUGCUCUGGGCUCACUACUACUUUGUUAGCUACAGAGCUAACGUCCUCCAGAGUUGUCUUUUAGUACCUUUGUGCACAUAGUGGCUGUAAUCUCACCUUUAGACUUUACUAAACUGAAUAUAGACUACAAUUUUAGCUUUCUCAGUUUACUAAGACGUAACUGAUGUGCAUAUAUAAAAAGUUUAACUGCAAUAAAUUUGGAAGUUUGUUCAUGGCAAUAUGCGACUAUGAUGUAUAUAUGACAUGUAACUGAAAUGUCAAUAUAAUAAUGUGUAAAACAUAGUGUAGGUGAAAUCGUUUGUGAUAUUUUUAGCUUUCAUGCAUUUGUCACUUUCAAGUUCUUUGAAGCUUUGAAGAGUUAUGAUGGCGCGAGCAAAGUAAAUUUACAUUUUCAUGAUCCUAAUCAGUUUGGGGGGGGGG